AUGCCAAGCAGGUCUUUUACAUCUAGCACCCUGCCAUUCCUGUCUCGGGUAAUACACCGGAUACUGACAGUUUCUACCAUAAUGUCGAGUACUGCAAUUAGAUCCUCUGGAUCAUAUCUCGCCUCUACUAGCCAUGCAAACUCAACAGAAGACUUGGUCAGACCGAGCCUUGCAGCUCAAAGUUCAACUGAGUCCUCACUCAAGAAGAGAUUUCCCCCGCGCCCAUAUUUCCAUUCUCGCCGGGUAAAGAAGGGCACUGUCGAGAGACCAUACCUUGCAGUAAAGGACCCUCGGGGCAUAUGGAUUACGAUCAUCCCUGCGCUGGGCAUCCUUGUCGGACUUGCUGCUAUAGCGCUUCUGACAUGGAGUGGCUAUAGAUCAGUUGAUAGACAUAAAUACUGCACGGUCUUUACAGAUGACUUUUCUAAUGGAUUCAAUUCUACAAUAUGGAAUAAGCAGGUAGAGGUCGGAGGAUACGGAAAUGGCGAGUUUGCGCUGACGACAAAUACGGACGAAAACGUCUUUGUCCGCGAUGGUCAACUCAUCAUCAAACCCACCCUACAAACCGAUAAAUUCCUCUCCGAAACAACAAAGAUAAACCUCACAGCUCACGGCACCUGCUCCGCCACAACAACCCAAGACUGUGUUCAAGUCGCGAACCUCACCGCGGGAGAAAUCGUCGCGCCCGUCAAGUCCGGCAGGAUCACGACAAAGAACUUUGGCGUCAUCCGCUACGGCCGCGUCGAGAUCGUCGCCAAGCUCGCAGCGGGAGAUUGGCUCCUCUCGCAGCUCAUGAUGUUCCCAGCCAAGGACUACUACGGCGCUUGGCCUGUGUCUGGCGAGAUUGAUAUCGGGAUGGUGCGGGGGAAUAAUUAUACUUAUGAUAAUGGGCGCGGGAACCAGCAGGUGUCGACUCAGCUGCACUGGGGUCUUGAUACAGGCACGGAUCGAUGGCAGAGCACUUCGGGUGCGAGAAAUGCGCUGCGAACGACCUUUCAUCGAGACUUUCAUACCUUUGGACUAGAGUGGUCGGACAAGUAUCUCUUCACGUGGCUAGACCACCGCAUCGCACAGGUCACGUACGUCAAGUUCAAUCACCCGUUCUACCAGCACGGCGGCUUCCAUCAAGCCCUCGCCAACGGAUCGCAGAUCUCAAAUCCGUGGAGUGGCCCGGGAACAAGCAAUGUGACGCCCUUUGAUCGACCGUUCUACCUGAUCAUCGCGCUGGCUGUUGGGGGAACGUCGGGCUGGUUCCCGGAUGAUGUGCACGGUAAGCCCUGGGUGAAUGAUGCGAUCACCCCGAAGACGGAUUUCUGGAACGCGAAAGAUCGGUGGUAUCCGACGUGGGAGAAGAAUGAUGGCGGGGAGAUGGUGAUUAAGAGAGUUUCUAUGUGGCAGCAGUGUGAUCGUGCUGCUACUGAUUUAUCGCAUUUCUCAUCAAGUUAG